AUAUUCAUUCAUCAUUAUUACAGUGCCAAAGAAACAAUCGAUCACCCCAAAUGUGCUCUAUGGGUUUGAGAUCGGGACUUCGAGCUAACCAAACCAAACGUCGAAUCCUUGAAUAUACCCUUUCACAUCGCCAGAAUGAAAAAUGAGUCCAAGAACACCGAAUCCAGCCAAGGCUCUGAUCAGAGAGCAGAUAGCAGCACGUAUUGCGACGCUGUCUGCAGAGGAGAAGAAUCGUCAGUCGAGUAUCGUGUAUAAUAAGGUAAUAAAUCAUCCCCACUACAAGUCAGCUAAUCGCAUAGCCUUGUUCAUGAGCACUGACCAGGAGAUCAACACAGCGCCCAUGAUAGCCCACAUCAAGGCUCGCGGCGGCGCUGCCUUCGUGCCUCAGUAUGCUGGCGGCAUCAUGAGGAUGCUGAGACUGGAGGCGGGAGACGAAGACAACAUGCCACUCACCAGGCAUGGAAUAGCGCAGCACUCGAAGGACCAAAAGCGGGAAGACGCCCUAAAUGAUGGGCUAGAUCUGAUAAUUGCUCCCGGUGUGGCAUUCACUAAAAAUGGUGGUAGAGUGGGACACGGCGGAGGAUAUUACGACAAAUAUAUAGCACAUCUGAGAUCCAAGCCAAACGCACCUAAGGUCAUAGCAGUAGCAUUCAACUGCCAGGUAUUAGACGAGGUGCCAAUGGAUGAGUUUGAUCAGAAGAUUGAUGGAGUCAUCUACGCGGAUGAAUAAAUUAUUAUUUUUCUUAAAUAUUGUUAUACUAUUAAUAUCAGUUCGCUUUAUUAAUCUA